CUUGAUGCUCCUGCUCUUGCCAUGUCUUUCGAGUCAACCUUGUCAGGUCUAUUCGGUGAGACUCCCUUUGUCGGUCCGUAGCUGGUCACGUUCGAUCCAGCUGCCUCGCUUCCUCUCAAGCUCACUGUCGCCAAUUUUCCGUCGUGGCGAGCCCAGCUUUCCUCACUUAUCUAUGGUUUUGAUCUGGUUGGCUAUCUUGACAUCACUGUUCCUGCGCCGGUUGAAUCUACUCUUGUCAAUGGUGUUCAAACUCGAAAUCCAGCCUACAUUCACUGGUUCCACCAGGACAAAAUUCUUCUCAAUGGUAUCUUUGCUUCAAUCUCGACUUCAAUUUGUCCUUUUAUCGCCACAACUCAAACAUCGUGUGAGGCUUGGGAUAUUCUUCAACGUACAUGUGUUGGUACUUCCUACUCUCAUCAUGACGUUGCGAGAUUGUCUCCUUGGUGAAAAGAGGGGUGACCACGACAUUGCCACCUACAUUCAGGCUCUACGGUCACGUGCCUCUGAACUUGCUCUUGCCAAUGAAGUAAUCCGCGAUGAGGAACUCAUCAUUGUCUGUCUGGGUGGGCUUGGCCCCGAAUAUAGUGAGUUCUUUGAUGGCAUCCGUGCUCUUGAUGUUCCCCCUAAGAUUGAGACCUAGUUGAUCUUCUUCAAGCUCUGGAGAGCGAUCUUCGUGCUAUCUGUCCCUCGGUCGAACAACCAGUUACGACCCAUGCUACUCAAUAUUGUCAUGGGCAUGGACGCCGAGGUGGUGUUGUUAGUGGCGGCAGUGGUUGUGGCUAUGUCUCCUCCUCGAGGUCACCCUCUACUUCCUCUAUGUCUUGGGAGUCCUCUAGAGCCGAUGAUGAGUCUCCGUGUGGUUGCUAGCUUAUCUAUUGUCAUUUUGGUGAGAAUCCAAGUCACACCGCAAAUAACUUUUUUCAACUCUUCCCUCACAAACGACCACCGCAGGAGAACUAUACCUCUCAUCCGCCUGCGACGUAUCCUUCUUCCUCUAAUAGUGGUUAGCUUACAGAAUCUGCGGCAAAUCAUCAUGUGACCAACAAUCUUGUAAAUCUUUAUAUACUAUGACUACAAUGGUCCAUAUGAUAUUUGUUUGGGUGAUGGUUCAGGUUUUCGGAUUACUCACAUUGGCUCCUCGUAUCUUUUCGCCUCGAAUAAAUGUCUUACUUUGCG